AUGAGCGAAGGUCGCUCCCUGACCCUGCGCAAAAAGCGCAAAGACCGCCCCAAGAUCAGCGGUCCCCAAACCAUCUCCGCUCCCCGUCCGCUGAUCCCAGGGCAACCCACGUCCAACGCGCAAGCAUCCUCACAGAGCAGCAACAAGAGACCGGACAACAACCUCUCCAUCCCCAAGACCGAGCGCACCAACACCGAGACAUCUGACCUGAUCAAGCGUCGCUACUCGACCCGCUACAACCAAUUGCCUAACUUCGGUGGAGGCGAUGCACCGGCUGUACCUGCGCUGCCGUCAGCGUUGAAGCGUCGGUCGGGUGGUGCUACGUCGCCGAAACGGCCUGCCACUCGAGAGGGUGGUGCACCCUUCAAAGUCGACGAGGAUGUCCUCAGCGACCCGAAUCUUGCAGCUGACCGCUACGUGACGAGCCUACUGAGUAACGCAUCGGAGACGGACAUCGCCGACUACCAGAACACAUUGCGGCGGAUCAAGAAUCGGAACUCUACGAAUCUGCAGCAGAGCGUGUAUCAAAACCGCACGCAGUUCAUCAAGAUCAGUAAGGAGGCGGAGAAGUUGAAGAGCGAGAUGCAGAUUCUGAGGGGCCUGAUGGGGGAUCUGACCGGGGCGUUGAGCUUGACUACGAGCUCGUCGGCUGCGACGAAUGGCGGUGGGGCUGCGUUGAGUCCAGAGCUGUCUGGCUCCUUCAAGCGACGGAAUGCGAACCGCUCUAGUGUGGCUAAUCUGGAAAGCAUGUGGAAUGUGCAACUCCAAGCGCUGUGGAAAAAUGUCGAGAAGUCUCAGAAAUUCCUGCCCGCUAUCCCCGGCCGGCAUAUUAUCAUGGAGAACGGCGCCUGGGUGGAACUCGACAGCGCGACCUGGAAGCCUCGUCGGCCGGUGCAUCUGUUUCUCUUGAACGACCACCUGCUAGUGGCGUCUAAGAAGCGCAAGCGCAUGGAUCCCAAUGUGCCCAAUCAAGGCCCCGCGCCGACGAAACUGGUCGCGGAGGAGUGCUGGAGCUUGCAGGAUAUCGACAUGGUGGACAUGUCGACCACGCCUGGCGUGGUGUCGAAUACCGCAGAGGAGAGGGCCAUCGCGACCGCGGUGACCAUCCGUGCGGCGGGGAGGUCGUUGACGUAUAGGUCGGAGAAGAGGGAUGAGGCCGCGAAGACGCAGCUGUUGCAGACUUUCCGUAAGGCGGUAGAGGAUCUGCGGAAGAUGAACAAGGUGGAGAUCAGCAAGAGCAGUCCGACUAUGGACAGCUUCAACUAUUUUGCUUCUCGCGACGGUGGGGCAGGCUUGUCCCGGAGCGGCAGCGUGCUCUCGUCGUUGAGCACUUCGAGGGGCGAGAAGCCGGAUAUCCUGAUCGAGGUGGAUGGUAAGCAGCAGAAUUUCAGGUGGGUCGAGUCACAGAUUGAUGAGUUGGAUAUCGACAUUGCGCUGCAGCGCUUCGAGGAAGCGGUCGAGAAAGUCGAAAAAUUGCGCAAGAUGACCAAGACGUCGCUAAAGUCGAACACGAUCGCCCAAGAGCUCAUACAGUCAAAGGUAGACGACCGCGCCGCCAAGCUCGCAAACCUGCUUUGCAGGGAACUCACGGACAAGCCAUCGUACAUGGCUACCACGAAAGGCCUCGUCGCAUACCUCGUCCGCCUAGGCGCUGAGGACCAGGCGCGAGAAGCAUACCUCAGCGCUCGCAGCGAGGCUCUGAGGAAACGCUCCCGACAAUGUGUCUUCGAAGGCGAUCUGCACGCCUACGUCUUCAGCAUCUCGUACGUGUACUUCACGAUGGUGAAGAAUACGAUCCUUAUCUAUCAAGCCAGCUUUUCUGCGGCGACGAUGUCGGCUGUGAUCAAGUGGGCGAAUGAGCACCUGGAGGGCUUCAGUCAGAUCUUGCAGCGGCAGAUGAGUAGUGUGGAUAAGGAGGGCAGAGUGUGGAGGGAGUGCAUGGAUGUCGUGUGGGAGCACGAGGCGAGUCAAUUGGGCGAGAAUGGGCUGGAUUUUAGGGCGGUGAUUGGGAAGGGUUUGGAGGUCAGGGAGGUCAAGGUGCCUAGCGUGCCGAAGGUGCCCGGUGGCUCGAGUGCAGCUGGGUCGCCCGCGGGUCAGAGGGGUAGGAGUGGUAGCGAGCGGAGCGAUAGGAGUGGUGGCAGGUCGAAGUCGAGGGGUCCGCGACAGUAG